AACAUUAUCAGCUACUAGCUAGGACUAGGAGAAGGUGAAAUCCAUCGAUCUAUCUCUUUAGACUAAGAGGUCCAUGGAGGGGAGCGAGACACACGACCAAGCUCAUGUCCUUGUUGUGCCGUACCCAGUCCAAGGGCACAUAAACCCUAUGCUCCAGUUCUCGAAGCGUCUGGUCUCGAAAGGUGUUCGAGCGACGUUAGCUGUCACAGUUUACCUCUCCAAGUCCAUGCACAUGGAGCCAACUGGCCCGAUAGAGAUCGAUACCAUAUCUGAUGGCUAUGAUGAAGGUGGCUCGGCUGCGGCCGAGUCCUUCGAGGCCCAACAGAUGAAUCUUCAGGUGGUAGGCUCACGGACUCUGCAUUCGCUGAUCCAGAGAUUAGACGAGUCAGGGAAGCCUGUGCAUGCGGUCAUCUACGAUGGGUUCCUGCCCUGGGCCUUGGAUGUGGCCAAGGAGUGUGGAAAGCUUGGAGUGGUGUUUUUCACACAAACUUGUGCUGUGAACAACAUAUACUACCAUGUCAAGAAAGGGCUUGUUGAGCUCCCUCUCAAGGGCCCUAGAGUUUCAUUUCCGGGGUUGCCUCCGCUCGAUCCAUCCGAGACACCUUCCUUCAUCUAUAUUCUUGGAUCAUACCCGGCCAUCUACAACAUGGUCGUGGAUCAGUUUGUGAAUGUAGAAGAUGCGGAUUACGUGCUAUUCAACACAUUCUACGAGUUGGAGAAGGAGGUGGCUGAUUGGAUGAACUCUAACCUAUGGCCGUUAAAGACAAUAGGCCCGACGGUCCCGUCAAUGUAUUUAGACAGGCGGCUAGAAGAUGACAGAGACUACACCCUCAACCUCUUCAAGCCCAACAACGACGCCUGCGCAAGCUGGCUCGGUCGCAAGCCACCACGCUCCGUCAUCUAUGUCUCCUUCGGCAGCAUGGCCGAACUGCCAGCUCAGCAGAUGGCCGAGCUGGCCGCCGCCCUCAGCCAUAACCGCCACCGUUACAACUUCCUCUGGAUCAUCAGGGAGUCUGAGAUGCCGAAGCUGCCCCUGGAGUUCAUCAAGUCCACAUCUGAGGACGAGUGCGGGCUAAUCUUGCCAUGGUGCUCCCAGCUAGAGGUGUUGCGACACGAUUCUAUCGGAGGCUUCCUCACACACUGUGGACUGAACUCCGUCCUCGAGGCCAUUUGCGUCGGGGUACCGCUGGUGGCGGUUCCGCAGUGGACGGACCAGCCCACGAACGCCAAGUACGUAGAGGACGUGUGGGGGACUGGGCUGCGGGCUCGGCCCAAUAAGGAUGGGCUCGUCGGGAGAGAAGAGUUAGGGCUCUGCAUUGAAGAGGUGAUGGAGGGAGAGAAAGGGAAGGUGAUUAGGGAGAACGUGAAGAAGUGGAAGAAUUUGGCAAUAGAGGCAAUGGAUGAAGGUGGGAGCUCUGAUAGGAACAUCGAUGAAUUUGUAGCUAAAUUGUCGUCAUCCUGUAAGUAGGGCAUCGUAUGUGGUCGAUAGCCAGAAUAUCCGACGGGAGUAAUUUGAAUAUGUAUCGAAAUCCUAGUGUUGUCGGCUCAUUGUUUUUCCAUUGUCAGCGUAAACGAGAAUUGAUUAUGAUUCUACGUCUUAUAUUUUGUCGAAGCACAUGCCAAACAUUUCCCUGAUAGUUGUUAUCUGUCA